AUGGACUCCAUGAAGCAUAAUGAUGUCGGAUCAGACCUCUUAAAAAAUGCAACAGGAUUACCAGAACUGCCAUCAUUGAAAGUAUCCACCACCAAAUCGACGCGUAGACCACGAUCCAGCUCACUAGCCACAACAAUACCAACAACACCAACAUCUGCGUCAUCACCAAUUUCCGUAACAUCACCCUCCCCACUUUCAGCACUACCUUCACCGAGCAUUGAACAUUCAAAUUUCGACGAUGACAAUGAAUCCGAAUAUUCCUUUAUGCCUGAAUACCAAUAUGGAUCAAUGAGUCGACCCAGUGGCGAUAAUGGCAGUGGAAGUUUACGUGGCUCCACACACUCUUCACUAUCGCCUUUUCAGCUUGCAUCAAACGGCCGACUCGUCUCUCCACGCUCUAUAAGCUUUGCAGAUUUUUGUCGAUAUGAUCGAUUUCUCGGAAAACAAAAGGAUGGGAUGAGGGCCCUUAUUGAUGCAGCUGCUCGUGAACCAACAGCAAAAUCAGACAAGAAGAAGGGCAACAAAAGCGGCAGUCGAAAAAACUCUGCCUUUGGGAAGAUGACUGGAUUUUUAAAGCAGCCAAACAAAAAAUUCAAAUUUACCCGGGCUGGUGCUCUCCAUUUGCUCUCAUUAGCUAUUCACGACAACAGGACGUCAUUCGCUUGCCAAAUUAUUGACGAAAUACCUUUUGAUCACCUAAUUGCACAUCGACGACGAGAAGCUUCACAAGCAUUCUUAAAAGCCAUGUUUAAUUGCAUGGAGUCUGUCUGUAUCGUCAUGUUGGAACAUGGGUUCCCAGCAAAUGUGAAUGACCCAGCUUUAGAAGCUGGACCUCUGGACUUAAAUGACUUUACGUAUCCUAGCUACUUUCUUAUCGCCGUCGCCCUAGGAUUAGACCAUGUUGUGAGGUCUAUGAUAAAGAAAGCAAACGUAAACCAAGAUUGGUAUCAAGUGAGGCCACUACAUUUAGCAUGCUCUCGUGGAAACACACAUACAGUAAACCUCCUAUUGGAUCAUGGAGCAAGCCCAACAAAGGCACUACCACUAGAUCGCCUGAUAAUGAUGCAAAAGCUCAAGUCUCCAUAUGCUCGAAAGUAUGGGAAAAUGAAGAGUCCAGAAGCAAAUUUACUUCAAGCGACACUACCAUCGUCGACAACGACCGCAUCAGAUCCGAAACCAAUUGCAAAAAAGGCUAAAGUUCCUCUUCGAGCAUCACAAGAAACACUGCUGGCGAAUUUCAACUCGAUGAAGGCUAUACUGCCAUUAGAAUUGGCAUUGGCAAAUGGCGAGACGGCUCUAGCAAAAGCCUUGAUUCCCAAAACUGAUUCAAAGACAUUGGCAGCAUCGCAAGUAGCUUUACUACUAUGUCGAGACUAUGAAACUUCCGUGGCAUUAUGUCGAGCAGGUGUUCCCAUGAAGCAACUUGAUGCUUUUGGAAACGGCCCACUGCAUCUUGCUGCUCGUCGCGGUGACUUGGAACUGGUCGUCUCUUUAGUGAUAAACAAGGCUGAUAUUGAUGGGAGGGGUGAAAAUGGAUGGACGGCUUUGCAUGAGGCCAUUAGCAGAAAAGAGUUAGAGAUAGUAAAAGUCCUAGUACAUCUUGGUGCCAAUGUAAAUCUCGCCACUAGCACUGGUCUGAAACCACGAGCACUUGGAUUGGCAAUGGGAAUCACUUUAGAAGAUUUAGAAUCAGCUCUAGAUGCAAGAAACCCAAUGAGACCAGCAGUAGCUGAAAUAGUGCAAACAGUCAGCGCAUCCACCAACUUCUUAUCCUCAUCGUCUGGGCACAACUCACGAAGAAGUGUGCCUGUCGUUGUCGGAGCUCCAUACGUCCCACCUAGUGCUGCGCUCCUAGCCAAACGCAGAUCAGGACUAAUCCAAGGCGGUGUCGUCACAAACGUUUCUCAUCCAUCACUGUCACGAUCCAACUCUCGAACUGGUAGUGGUGGUAUUUCCAAAGUGUCUGAAAAUGAAGCCGACCAUCCUGAUAUAUCAAUGCCCCUUGUUCAGUCACCAUCUCCUGUACGAGCCAAUGCCGAACAUGCCGAACAAAGCCCAACAUCACCUUUAGCAUCUAAUGAACCACCACGAGUUGAUUCUCCUAUUCCUACACCAACUGCACCACGUGCUGGGACAAUGAGAAUAGCCCAACCAAGAGCACGUUCCAGAUUGAGUAAUGGUUGA